GGCGCCUAGGGCCUAUGCCUGACAUAUUAUAGUAACUCUCGAAAAAUUGUGAGAUUUUAUAUGGGCUUGAAUUAUAACCAGUUUACUAUAAUCACCUAACAAGAUUUCGAUAGGACAAUCAAGACAAACCUUCAUAUUACACUAAUAUUCAUGGAAACAUAGUGUUUAUAAAAUUUAUGUGAUAAUUUGAACUUCCUAUCUUUGUCAUAAUACGUUAUUCAUUUAGCUGUCAAGAACUUAAAUAAUGGCAAAUGAAUACAACAAUAAGACACAUAUUAAAACAUUAUUGUUUACAAAAGCUAUACCAAAUUACAAAAUUCCCGUACCACUUUAUGGACACAAAUUGUACCGCUGUACUGAUUGUGAAGACAGGUACAUUGUGGAAUCUAGCUACCAUUACCAUGUUAAUAGAAAGUCUGUAAAAAUUACUUACAAAUGUAGACAUUGUGGUCUCAUAAAAAUAUUUUACAAUCGCUGUAACUUGUUAAGCCAUAUUAGAUCGCAUGCUUUUAAAACUACAACUAUUAAUAUAGGUGAUUUGAAUGUAGAACCUUUACUUCCUUCAUCUGAAGUUGUUCCAAAAAAUAUUCAAAAUCAACCACAAAAAACAAUAUUACGAAAUUAUAUAUGCUUUGAAUGUAAAGCUGAUGACACAAAGACUGGAAUUGCAUACAAAGACAGAGUAGCACAUUAUAUGCAUUUAUCAAAUGCUAUAUUAUAUACAUGUCCCAUAUGUAUGUUUACUUUACCAACAACUUGUGCGCUCAAAGCUCACUUACGUCUUCAUUUAAAACAUCCGCCUUUCUUCUGUCCUGAAUGUGGUAUUACACUACAAAACAAAUGUGUAGAAUAUCCAUAUACACAUGAUUGUGAAGGUUUUAAAAUGAUGAGAGCAACUGCCCGAAUUAGUUGUUCCGCAAAGAACUGCCAUGUUUUUCAUCCAAAUGAAUAUAAUGAGCAUAUGACAUCUCUUCAUUUGAAGAAAAUGUACAAGUGUCCAGCAUGUGCCAUGUGUGGUUACAAUGAAGAUGAAAUGCAGCAACAUUUAAAGGUUCACAAUUAUGGACUCAUACCUGUUAUUUUGUAUGAAUGCACAGAAUGUAAUGGCAAAUUGCUGGUUGAUACCCAAGUUACGAAACAUUUGGCUUCUCAUGUUAACACUUUUGUAUAUCCAUGUUGGUCUUGUGGUAAAAUUUUCAACUUGCCUUCUAAUUUGAUAAGUCACCAUAUGUGCAAUCACUUAAAAGAAAUAAAUAUAUCCCAUCAGUUACAAGAAAAAUAUAGAAACACAUACAAGAGUAUAUUGUCUAUAAGGACUCCUGUUUGUACCAAGAAGAAAAAUUCUAUUAAUUCAAUUAUUUUACAUGAAAAGGAUGAUAAUAUAAAUCUUAUAAAAUGCCACUUAUGCAAAAAAUUGAUGUCCCAAAACUGGGAAAACAUAAAAACCCAUUAUAAAAGAUUUCAUAAAAAUUACAAAUGUGUUGAUAUCAAAGUUGUUCUUGAGAAACUUGAUGAAGAUUCUAUAAAGGUAAAUAGUAAAAAAUUGGAAUGCAAAAAUGAAAAGAUAGUUGAAGUUAAUGAAGAAAAUAUUGCUCACUUGUCAAGAAACAAAUCUGGGAAAUGUUCCAAAAUUUCCAAAAAUAUCAGUAAUUAUUUAGCAUGCAAAAAGUGUGAUUACCAAUGUAAUGAUAAGGAAUCGUUAGAAAUACAUUUGAGAGAGCACAAAGACCCGUACAUGGCAUAUCAGUGUUUGGAGUGUGGACAAAGUUUUGCUGUGAAACCAUCAUUUUCAACUCAUCUGUUACUGGAACAUGAUAUAUCAGAUGUUAUUGAUUAUAUUAGUAAAAAACAAUGCUACAAUGAAAAUGCACUUGUUGCAAAGCAUUGUAGAUCUGAUAAUAAUGAUGAGAAUGAGCCAUUGAAAGAACAUCAAUGUAAAAUUUGUAGAGAACAGUUUGAUAAUGCAGAUAAUUUAGAAAAACAUUUUAGAGUUCAUGGAAUGGCUUUUCUAAUGAAGAAUACAAAUAAAGGAAAUCAUACUUAAAAUACUUGUCACGAAAAUGCAUAAUAUGGAACACUUCAGUGAUUGUAUGAGAUUUGGGGAAAGCUUAAUCAUUUAGUUCUAGGUUUAGGUCUUAGUAGAUUAAAAACAAAAAAAAAGGACAAAGAGCAGAGAUGUUGCAGUUCUCACAGAAAAAUUGAAAAAUAAAAACAUGUUUUUUAACUUGUUUUUGUUAAUAUUUACCAUAGAAUUUAGAUACUAAGGGAGACUUAAAUUCCUAAGAAAGGCAUGUCUAUUAAAUAAUGAUUUAUUACUUCAAUUAAAUUUUUAUCUUAAACUGUAAGAAUGUAUUUUAU